CAUACUGCCAAAUUGCUGAGGUGGCCGAAAAACUGAAGCACCCAUAAAUGGUCAGAGAAUGCGCUGUCCCAGCAAUCCGUCCUUCGGGAGAAAUCCGUCCUUCGAAAGAAAUCCAUCUUUUGGGAGAAGCACCGGAGAAGGAGCCAAGAAGUCUUUAUGAGGGUCUAAAACUGUGGUGUUGUAGCUCAGUCUCAGCUAAAGAUCAGGUCGAUAAUCAUGUGUCAAAUUCAGCAGAUGAUGUUCCUAUUGCUGCUGCUGCUGAACCAACAUCGCCUGAUCGGAGUCCGAGGAAUCAAACAACAAUGCGUAAACAAAAUGUGAGUGAUCCCAUUGCAAUUAUAAUAAUGGAUAAAGUUACAAACAAGCCUACAUUUUGGCCCGACUGCUGUAUCUAUAAAGUCCCCGGGAGAUUGUGCAAAGGUUACGAAGACUUCUACACACCUCGGGUGGUAUCAGUUGGACCUUAUCACUACUGCAAUGGAGGAAGCUCGGAAGGAAUGCAAGCCUAUAAAUUCAUAUACCUGGAGGCAUUUUUCAGUCGGAACAACUUGAACUUGGACCACUGUCUUGGAGUUGUAAGAGAGCUAGAAGGAAAAGCCAGGAGUUAUUAUGUCGAGCCAGUCAAACUAAACAGUGAUGAAUUUGCUCUAAUGUUGCUGGUGGAUGGAAGUUUUCUUUUGGAGCUAAUGCUUAGGCAUUACUUUGUGGAAAUUGUUGAUGAAUGUGAUCGGAUAUAUCGCAAGCCGAGAGUGAUUCAGGAUGUUUAUCGCGACCUCUUGUUGAUUGAGAACCAAAUUCCCUUCUUUAUUCUCGUGGCUUUGUAUAAGGAAUUGGAUAUGAAGACUUGGAGAGCCCAGCCAUCUCUUGUGACGCUUACAAAUGAGUUCUUCAGGUAUUUGGUGGAAGUUGACAAGUUUCCUGGUCCAGAAAAAGUGAAGCAUUUCGUUGAUUUUAUCCGAUGGUACUACUUGCCCGAGUGUGACAGCGAGAGUGAAAAAGGGAUUAUCUUUGACGUUCCAAGUGUGACAGCAAUGGACGAGGCUGGAGUUAAGUUUGAGAAAGUCACGAAAUCGAUCAUAUUGCUUGACAUGGAAUUCACUAAUGGCUCUCUGCGAAUUCCGCACUUCAAAGUAGAUGAUUGGAGUGAGACUCUCUUCAGGAAUCUCAUUGCGUUUGAGCAAUGUCAUGAUCACAAAGUAAAGUACAUCUCACAGUUUAUGUGCCUUAUGGGGUGUAUGAUCAGGACUCCAAAGGAUGCAGAUUUACUCAUCGAUCGCGAAAUUAUAUCUACCACGCUAGGGACUAGUGAAGAUAUUUCGACCAUAUUCAACAAGAUUAGCAAAGGUGUGACCUUGGAUGGUUCAUUUUAUUACUUCACUCUCCUUAAAAAUCUGAAUAAAUAUUGCAGGAACCCAUGGCACAGUUGGAAAGCAACUCUGAAGAGGGACUAUUUCAACACUCCAUGGAAACUGGUUUCUACAAUUGCUGCAUUUGUAUUGCUUGUCCUCACUGUUAUACAAACAGUGUGCUCCAUCAUAUCCCUUUCUUAA